CCCCCGUGCCAGAGCGCAAGCGCGGGCUGCAGCGGGCCAAGAUGGCGGCAGCGGCGGCGGCGGCGGCGGCCACUGAGCAGCAAAGUUCCAAUGGGCCAGUGAAGAAGUCCAUGCGGGAGAAGGCUGUGGAGCGAAGGAACGUUAACAAAGAGCAUAACAGUAACUUUAAAGCCGGGUAUAUUCCUAUCGAUGAAGAUCGUCUCCAUAAGACUGGCCUAAGAGGGAGAAAGGGCAACCUGGCCAUCUGUGUGAUUGUCCUCCUGUUUAUCCUGGCUGUCAUCAACCUGCUCAUUACACUUGUCAUCUGGGCUGUGAUCCGCAUCGGGCCAAACGGCUGUGACAGCAUGGAGUUUCAUGAAAGUGGUCUGCUGAGAUUCAAGCAAGUGUCUGACAUGGGUGUCAUCCACCCACUCUACAAGAGCACCGUGGGAGGAAGAAGGAAUGAGAACCUGGUCAUCACCGGCAACAACCAGCCAAUUGUUUUUCAGCAAGGGACAACCAAGCUGAGUGUAGAAAAGAACAAAACAUCUAUUACCAGUGACAUUGGAAUGCAGUUUUUUGACCCAAGGACACAGAACAUCUUAUUCAGCACGGACUACGAGACUCACGAGUUUCAUCUGCCAAGUGGAGUAAAAAGUCUGAAUGUUCAGAAAGCAUCCACUGAAAGGAUUACCAGCAAUGCUACCAGCGAUUUAAAUAUCAAAGUUGAUGGGCGUGCGAUUGUGCGUGGCAACGAAGGCGUGUUCAUCAUGGGCAAAACCAUCGAGUUCCACAUGGGGGGCAAUGUGGAGCUGAAGGCUGAAAACAGCAUCAUCCUCAAUGGAACUGUGAUGGUCAGCCCAACGCGUCUGCCCAGUUCCUCCAGCGGGGACCAGUCGGGGAGCGGUGACUGGGUACGAUACAAGCUCUGCAUGUGUGCAGAUGGCACGCUCUUCAAAGUACAAGUAACAGGCCACAACAUGGGCUGCCAGGUGGCAGACAACCCUUGUGGAAACACUCAUUAGGAGCUCUGUCCCCAGAGGUCAAUGUGUUCCACUCUCCACUUGACUUUUUCUUUUUAAGAAUGCAUGUGGCCAGGCAGUGGUGGCACACG